AUGCUCACGAGAGCGAUGGCCUUGCCAGCCACGCCGCGCACGCGCGGCGCAUUUUACGGCGACCUCGAGGCGCCGGGAGCGCUGGAGAGGAUGGUGAGAACGACCAGCCUUCGCGGCGAGCUGGUGCUCCUGCACGGCAACAGCAAGCGGCGCCGGCUGCUGCUCAACCUCAUCGCGCAGCUCAACGGGCUCGACAUUGACCACAUCCUUCUCCUCGCCUUCACGCCAGACAUGUGCGAGCGCCUCCGUCGGAAUCGGAAUGGCGCGGCGCGCGUCAACGUGCUCGCCCUCGACUCGGAUGUCGCCGUCUUCUCCUCGCCGUACCCCCACCUCCACGGCGCUUUCCGCCGCUUCGCCCUCGUCGCCGCGUUUGACACAAAGGGCGGCUUCGCAAACGUCAACGUCGGCAUCGUCUACUUCAACAAUGCGACCGCCGGCGGGCCGGUGCACUCGAUCAUGCUCGAGAUGGAGCGGAGGGUCGAGGCUGCGCUCGCGAUGCCUCCGCCACAGAAGGUGCCGUACGGCUCGCUGCCCGGCCUCUUCUGGGACCAGAACCUCUUCAACAAGGCCCUCCUCUCCGCCAUGGCGAACCACGCCCUCUCCCUGCCCGACCCCGCCGGCCGGUCCUUUCUCGGCGGCGGAGAGUGGUCGCGCACCCACGCGGCGGAGCUGCGCCGGCUCGGAGACGUCCUCAAGACGUGGAGGCGGGGAGAGGCUGCGGCGCCGCCCGGCCUGUCCGUCCGCCCGCCGUGGUUCCCGCACCGUGCGGAGUACCGCUACUGGUCGCUCCGCCGUGCCGCUGUCGGCGCCGACGCGUCUCUCUGGCGGCCGGUGCCCGAGGAGCGGAUCCUGCUUGCACCGCCGUGGCUCGUCUCUGCGGACAACGCCUUCGGCCACCGGUACAAGCACUGGCUAUACGGCGCCUCGCCGCCGCCGUGCGUCCUCCUCCACUUCGUCUGUGUCGCGCCGGGACAGCGGUCGCGCAUCCUCCCAAUGCAGCUCUUCGGCGCGUGGAGCGCGGGCGCCGACGUCCUGUCCGGCAGGCGUGGCGAGGAUGACGCCGACGCCGACGCCGAUGAGAUGCUCGCUCUCGCAGACGCGACGUACGAGUCGCCGCUCGCGCCGCGGCCGUGGCCUCAGCUCAACGCGCUGCACGCGGCGCUCGGAGGGCUGGCGGAGCUCGCCGGCCGCGUCGCGGUCCUGCCGGCGCUCGACUGCGGCGGAGCUGUCGCGCCACCGUCGGAGCUCGAGGCGGCGCUGCAGGCAAACAGCGCGGCGGCGGCGCCAACCUUGAGGGCUGUCCGAUCGCUUCUCGACGAGCUGACCGGGGUCCCGGUCGUGCUGCUGCGCCUUACGCUGCCGGAGGCGCCAGCCGACGGGGCGCAGCCGCCGAUCGACCCAGCAGUGCUGCGCCGUGCCCACCCCGGGCUCGAGCGCGCCGCGAGCCGGUUCCGCGAUUCGUGCCCCGAGCUGCUGGAUCGCUCCAAGACGCGCAGGAGAGAGUGCACCAACUUUUGCUGA